UCACAGCUGCCGUGCGGUCACACUUCAUAUUUUGUUGCAUAUUUUUUGUUGGCCGUUCUCAGCAGCCAAAGUUUAAAGAGGAAUUUAGCGAUAUAUACGUUCUGAUCUGCACCGCAAACGAGUGCAGCGAGUUGCAACUGCAAUUGUCCAGCCGGAGUUACCCGAUUUUCCGGCCGCGGCACGUUACCGUUCGAGAAAUCGGAGUCGAUCGGAUGACGGAGUGAAGAAGAGUCGAGCGCGAAGCACAUUUUUGCGAGGUCGAGACCACAGCGAUUGGAAAGCGUUUAAAACACAGGCAGCGAAAUGUUCGGGACGAAAAAAGAGGUGGACGAGCAUGUCCACAAAGUGCUGGGCAAAUUCUCGCCGGGAAAUGAGCGCGAUAUCAAGGGUCUGGCGAUAGCCAAGCUGUACUACAGGAUCCAGGAGUUCGCCACGGCCAUCGAGUAUCUGACCAGCUACCUCAGGAUCAAGGAUGAGGCGGUGGCCCAGAACCUGAUAGCCACCUGCUACAGCAGGCUGAAGACGCCCGAUGUGCCGAAGGCGCUGCAGCACUACCAGCGCAGCAUGCAGCUCAAUCCUCGCCAGUCGGAGAUUGUUGUGGGUGCCUGCGAGCUGCUGACGAACGAGAAUGCCGCUUUCAACACUGAACGGGCCAGAUAUUGGCUGGAUUUGGCGAAUGACCUCGAUUUGGGCGACAAUCAGCACGUCUUUGCCCUGCGGAUGCGUCUCAAUCUGCAGGAAAGCAACGGCGGAGGAGAUACCGGCGGUUCAGCCGACGGCGAGGACAACACUUUGGAGCUGCUGAUGCACAAGGAACUGCUGGCGCGUCCCCAGGAUGUGAAUGUGCGGGUGAAGCUGCUGCGUAGCUACGUAGAGAAGAAGAAACUCGAUCAGGCCUUCACAUAUGCCAUAAAAACCGAACUGGAGUCCACGAGCUGCACGAGUCAGUCGAGCGAGUGGUACGACAUGAUCUGGACGCUGCUCGCCAAAAUGGAGCUGGCCAAGGAUGUGAAGAAAAACUGGCGCUUCUGGCAGCUGGCGCUCCACGCCCUCGAUCGCCUCAUGCAACUCAGUUUGGAGGCGGGAGGCAGCGGCAUGGCGGACAGCAGCAGUCAGUUGUUCCGCCUCGAUCAGUACCUGCACAAGUUCAGCAAUGCGAUAGAGCGGGCGGGCGAUGCUCCGCAAAGGGAACUGCAUCAAUCGUGUGUCGAUCACUACACCGGCCAGCUGCUGCUCCACGCGGUGGCGCUGCUUUUUAAGCGUGAGCUGCUGGGCAACAAGAACAAGUGGCUGAGCACGCUGCGUUCUGCUUUGCCUGCCCUGCUCCUUGGCUAUCAGGUGCGUCCGCUGGAAGAGUCGCAUGUCCAUCAGUGGAUGAAGCACUGCGAUGCGGAGCAGAAGCAACUGAUGCAGCUGUGGCGCCAGCAGGGAGCUUUCCGUUGCGCUCAGUUGGGAAGGACUCUGCUGGGAUGCCUGGACAAAUCGGGAAGGGAUAACGACAGCCAGAAGGAGAACAGCCACGCCAAUGAGAACCAAGUUUCCGCCCAGACUUUACCUGGUUUGUUUGCCGACUCCGAGGAGCUGCUGUCCUCGGCCCACCAGCAGUGUUUGGACAAGAACUGGCGCAGGCAGCUCUACCAACUGCUCUUCACCCACGCCGAGCACAAGCUCAAGGAUCAAUCCUCCCAUCUGGUGCGUCACCCGCGUCUGCAGCUGCCCGUCUUCGAGUGGCCGCAUCUGGCGGAGAUUGAGACGUAUGAGCAGCAGGCUCUGUCGCUUCCGCCGCACUCCCUGGCCCAACAUGUCUACCUGGCGCUAAGCACCGAACCCGACCAUCUGGGCGAUGCGCCACGCGUUGCUUUCUACGAAGGCUUUCGACGGGAUGUCAAGCAGAACCUCAACUACUGCGGUCACGAUUCCAUCAGCCAGGUGGACGUGGAUCUCUAUCUGUACGCCACGGUUAUUCAGGCCCAGCGGCGAUUGCAACUCCAGCGGGAGGUGUACAACAGCUCCAAUUUGGGCAACCGCAAUGCCGCCGCCCGGCCGCAUAUGAUGCCAUUUGCCAAUCUGCUGGGCCAGCAACUGGGAUCCACGGAGCAGAAUAACUGGUGGGAGCUGGUGCUGCGUCUCCACGCGAAUCAGUUAACAGCCGAGGGCAAUCGCGCCGAGCAGCGGGCUCAACUGCAGGUCGGUUUGGAGGCAGUGCGUGGGGUAAAUGGACCCAAAGCAGAUGCCAUCAUCAUUUUCCAGCUGGGCAAAAUUCUGCAGUCACGAACGGACCUUCCCUUAGAGUCCCGCAUCGAUACUUUGUACCGCCAGGGCUUCGCAAUUCUGCGUCGCCAGCACUCGCAGCAGAAUGACUCCUUUGUGCGGAUCUUCAAGUACGGAGCAGCAGGAUCAACGGCCGCCUGGCAGCAGCUUCAAUCGCUGGCCGAGCAUGCGGUCUCCUAUUUCAGCAAGAAGAUGUUCAAGGCGCACCAGUACGAGCAGUUUGUGGACGAGGUUCGCGGAUUGGAUCUACCCAUGGCUUACUUUAUGCAAUCGGAGGCUUAUCGGCUGCUUGAGGAUUCCGGAAAGACCACUAGAGUCUUGAGGGCUCGCUUUUCAGAGCGCCGGCAGGAGUGCCUGCAGCAGACGCAGCAGCUGAUCCAAAACGACGCCAAGCAUCCGCUGCACUCGGCAAUGCGACGCUACCAGCAGAAUCGCAGUAGUCAGGCUAUCGACGACAGCUUCGGCAGCCCGGAUGUGCACAACAAUUCGUCGACCUACGAGGAUGCCGAGGAUGACUUCUAUUCGGGUGCCGCCUUGUCGGCCAACCGAUCACGUAGGCAGGUGGAACCCGCUCACCCAGUGACGCCCAUUGUGGUGGCGGCACAACCAAGUCAGGAGAUGGAGCAGACUGUCAAGCAGAUCAGCAAGUCGCUGUGUGUGCUCAAGGACGAUCUGAGUUUGGGCAUGGAGGCCAUGCGUCAGGAAAUCAAGAAUCUAACAGAGAAGUUUACUGGUUUGGAGGAUCUGCUAAAGAAGAUCAAGAUCAGCAGUCGAGAUACGCCGACAAGGGAUGUGGAUCCAGCGGCUGCUUUGGGAUUGGAUGAUCUGUUUAUCAUUGAGGAUGCGCUUGCGGAACACCAUCAGCAGCAGCAGCAGCAACAGCAGCACCACAAUCAAGCGGCUGUGCAUCAGGUGGUUCCCAAUCCGUACAGUGGCGCCACUCCUGGCUUCUACAAUGGCCUGCCCAACACUCCUUCCGCACAGGAUCGCUUCCUGCCGGGUGCCUACGGCAGUCCCAUGUUUAACCAGAACCAGAUGUACAACUACUACGCUGCUCAGGCUCAGGCGCAGGCUCAGUUUUUGCGUACUCCACCAGCUCCAGGAGCGAUUCCACCUCCGAAUAUGUUUGGUCCCCGGAAUCCCAACUUUGGACUGCCCAGCAUGUUUCCACCGCCGACAGGGGCUUCGGUAGCACCUUACAUCGAUGCCAUGGGCAACUUUACCCAGCCGCCUCCAAGCCUAAUACCUCCACCCGUUCAGCCAGCUGUAGCACCGGCUCCUGCUCCGGCUCAAGCUCCUCUUAAUCUGCUGGAGUCUAAGGCACCUGCUGCACUGCCAACUCCGAGUUUCUUCAACACGCCAUCGCCGGGCUUUGGUGCUUCGCCCAUUCAGGUGCCUCCAACCAAACCUCUGAGUGUUCCAUCAGCGGCUCCAGUACCUCCGGCUGCUGCUCCUGUGAUUCCUGCAGUGCCAGCUGCUGUUCCCGCUCCUAUUCAAGUACCCCAAGUGGUGGCUCCCACUGCUCCCGCUCCCGUUCCCGCCAUGUUUAACCGGGCUUUGAACAACCAGCCCGUGGAAAAGGAGCCGCCGGCCAAUGUGGUGAUCACCAGCUCGGAUCCCUUGCCAAAGCCAACGAGUUCGAGUGUCCAGCCCACCUUGAGUGUGACCAUUCCGGCCCAGCAUAUCAAGCCCAGUUUGGUGCAGCCCCCAGAGCAACAGGCGCCGCAGCAGCCAGCGGUACCAGCAGUUCCAGCAGCAACGGCCGCUUUCAGCUUUAACUUUGGCACCAAGACCGCCGAGAGUCCCUUCUCCUUCAAGUCGCAGGUGGCCAAGGCGGCGGCCGAGAAACAGAAGGAACAGGAGGAGGAACUCAAUCAAAGUGGAGCCAGUGAACCCAACAAAAGUGUCGCGGCAGACACCUCAGCGGAUGACUACGAUCCUCGUCCCGAUUUCAAGCCCAUCAUCCCGCUGCCCGACGAAAUAGAGGUUCGCACCGGCGAGGAGGAUGAGGAGGUCAAGUUCAGCGACCGUUCGAAGCUCUUCCGCUUCGCCGAGAACGAGUGGAAGGAGCGCGGCACGGGGCUGAUUAAGGUUCUCUGCGACAAGGCCACCGGCGUAUCGCGCGUCUUAAUGCGUCGCGAUCAAACGCACAAGGUGUGUGCCAAUCACAAGAUCACUGCGGACAUGACGCUGGUCACUCCCGUCCAGGAUAAGGAUAAGAAAUCCUUCUUGUGGGCAGCCAAUGACUUUGCCGAUGAGCAGGUAACGCUGGAGAAAUUCCUGGUGCGAUUUAAGACACCCGAACAGGCGGAGCAGUUUAGAUUGGCCUUUACAAAUGCGACACAGGCGGCGAAGAAAGCGGUGAAACCGGUGGAGAAAACAGCAGCGGAUCCUCUGAAGGUCAAUAAGGAAGCUACAGCAACUGCUCCUCCUGCUUUUGGCGUUCCCAAGACCUUUUUAACGAGCACUCCCGCUCCCACUUCGAUUUUCGGCAAGCCGCAGGAGCAGACAAAAUCCUCGCAAUCCGAAACGGUGCCACCGGUUCCAGCCACAGUGGCCAAGUCGCUGUUUGGAACCAUCUCAGCGGUUCCAGCUGCGGCACCGGCUACCACUGCAUCUUCUACUCCCGCGCCCUUUGCCAACUUUAGCUUCACGGGAAAUGGAACGACAUCAGGAUUUGGCACCGCCGUCAGCGCCUCUCCCUUUGGCAACCUCUCCUUCGGCAGCAACAACAGCACUCUAUUUACCACGGCUUUGAUUAAGGACAACACAGUUCAAAGUCAGACCCAACAGCAGCAACAAAAUCUGAACAAGUCAGCUGCCUCGGAUGCCGAGGAGGAGUACGUGCCCACCGCCCAGUUUACGCCGGUUAUCGCGCUGCCCGAUUUGGUGGAAGUCGUCACCGGGGAGGAGGACGAAGAAGUCCUCUUCGAGCACCGCGCCAAGCUAUUCCGCUGGGACAGGGAGACGAGCGAGUGGAAGGAGCGUGGACUGGGCAACAUGAAGCUCCUGCGCAAUCGCACCAAUCCCAGCCAGGUGCGUCUGCUGAUGCGUCGCGAGCAGGUCCACAAGCUGUGCUGCAAUCAGCGUCUGACGGCCAAGACCAAUUUCGCACCUGCGGCAAACAUCAAGGCGGCCGUCACCUGGGCUGGCCAGGAUUAUGCCGAUGAGGAGAUGGACGCCGCCUUGCUAGCUGUGCGGUUUAAGUCGACGGAUGUCUGCCAGGACUUCCUCAAUGCCGUGCAGAAGGCUCAGAAGGAUUUAGGCAAGGAAUCAGCUGCAAGUCAGGAAACCGCCGCUGUUGAAAAAAAGAAGGAGGAGGAGAAGCCGGUAAAGGGCUUUGGCGAUGCCUUCAAGCCCAAGGCAGGCAGCUGGAAUUGCCAGGCUUGCUAUACUAGUAAUAACCAGGAUCAGCUUUAUUGCGUUGCCUGCCAGGAGCCCAAAGAUGCCACUGUGCCGCCCAAGCAAACGGGAUUGGAUCAAGGAAAUGCUCUAAAUCUAACAACCAGCUCCGCCAGCAAGUUCUCGUUUGGCUUUGCACCAGCAGCUGUUCCCGCCACUGGAGGAUUUAGUUUCGGAGGAACUGCUCAGCCCAAAGAGAAGCCAGUGGUGGCAGCUGUGACCGCCACAUCCUCGGCUCCUGCUGCAGUUGCACCACCAUCUCAAGCUGCAGCUUUAGGAUUUGGAAAGACUUCAACUACCUCUGGAUUCGGAGACGCCUUCAAGCCGAAAGUGGGUAGUUGGUCGUGCUCCGCCUGCUAUGUAAACAAUCCCGGCGAGUCGCUCCAUUGUUCCGCCUGCGAAACACCCAAGGAUGAUACUGUGCCAAAGAAGGAGAACACACUGGGAUCGGGGAUCAGUCUCCCAGCUACCACACAAUUUAGUUUCGGAUUUGGAGCUCCUGCAGCUGCAGCAGGUAAAACGGAUAAGCCAGCCGAUGCGGCCAACAAGAACAGCAAUGUCUUCGGAUCCGCCACCUUUAACUUUGCUGCUCCAGCUAUGCCAGCGGCACCGGCUACUUCAAUCGGCUCCAGCAGCUUCUCCUUCUCCAUGCCCAAGCCGGGUCAACUGCAGCCAAAGAGUCCGGCUGCCAACGAAGGCGACGAUAACGAUUCGCACGAGGAGGAGGAGGAGAACAACGCCUAUUUUGCACCAGUGAUUCCAUUGCCCGAUAAGAUCGAUGUGAAGACCGGCGAGGAGGACGAGGAACUGCUGUAUGUGCACAAGGCCAAGCUGUAUCGCCACACGGAGGGCGAAUGGAAGGAGCGCGGCCUGGGCGACAUAAAGAUCCUGCGCCACCGGGAGACCAAGAAGCUGCGCGUGGUGAUGCGUCGCGAGCAGGUGUUCAAGAUCUGUCUCAACCAUGUGCUCAAUUCGAAUGUGGUGUACAGACCGAAGACGGAGACAUCGUGGCUGUUUGCUGCCCACGAUUUCAGCGAGGGCGAGAGUGUCCUGGAGCGAUUCACGCUGCGCUUCAAGAACAAGGAGGUGGCAGAAGGCUUCCACGCAGCGGUUAAGGCCGCACUCGAUGGCACCGCCAAGGCGAUAGAAGAUAAAACCGAUGCGAUCCCUUCAGCGGAAGUAACUCAGGCGAAGAAUUCGUCCGAUACUUUGCACGCGGAUCAUAAAGGAGAGGUGGAGAAUAAGGUGGAGGAUAAGAUUGCCUUCGCCAAGGCCUCAUCUGUAAGCGCCGCCAACUACGAAGUGAACCCACCCCUACCCAUGACCCUUCCCCUCCUGACUCUCCCCCAGCCCACAGUCAAAAGUAAUAAUUCCUCGUCGCCCGCUUCGUCAAUAUUCAAAGCCAGUUCGCUGGGUACAAGCAACUCGGGCUUCGGUAAUCUAUCCGUAUCCUCGGUUAACAAAACCUCAGGAGCAACAUUCUUGUUUGGAAGCACGGAUAAAUCCGAGUCUGGAAAACCAGCCGAUCCCCUGGCCAAUCUGCAGAAAACGAUCAAUAACGCAGGUCAAGGCAACGUUUUGGGUUCCAUUUUUGGCAGUGGCCUGGCCAGCCAAAAUUCGGUUGAGGAUUCUGCGAAAUCCAUUUUCGGAGGUGGAAACAAAUCAACUGAGCAGCAGAAGAAUGAUUCUCCGCCCAAAUCCAUCUUCGGAGGCACCAAAGCGGAGGCACCAGCCAGCCAAGAGGCAAGCAAAUCCAUCUUUGGUGGCGGCGGCGGCUUCACUGCACCUGUUUUCGGAGGCGCUAAUCCUUUCGGAGGGGUUAAGGUUGUGCCAUCCGAUGGCGCGGAAGCACCAAAGUCCAUCUUUGGCGGUACCACAUCCAUUUUCGGAGGAGGCUCAAGCACUUUUGGAAGCCCCAAGGUAGAUGCCCAGUCACCGGCCAGCCAGGAGGCACCCAAAUCCCUGUUUGGAGGAAGCUCGUCAUUAGGAGGCUUUGUGUUUGGCAGCGGCAACGGUAGUUCGAACAUCUUUGGGCAAAAGGAAGCGGCCGUCUCCUUCACAGAUGUGACCAAAGAGGCAACGCCCGGAAAAGAGGAGAAACCAGAAGACAGCAAGGACAAGAAGGAAACUCCGACUGUAGUUGAACCACCGACCAGUACGUUUGCCGAUUUGGCCAAUAAGGGUGGCAAUCCGUUUGCCGAAUUGGCCAGCAAACCGGGCGGAACUUUCGCCGAUUUCGCCAACAAGGCGGGCGGCAAUGACUUUGCCAACCUGUCUGCGAAUAGCUCAGCCAACGCCGUGGGAUUCAACAAGUCGGCCAGUGGCGGCGGCAGCGGCGGCUUCUACAACCUGACGCACCAGAACGCCUUUAAGAACUUCCAGUCCUCGCCGCAAACGGGUAAAAAUGAGUCUGGAGCUGCAGACGGCGGUGGUGGUGGCGAUGAUGAUGGCGAUGCCACCAACGACGACAACUACGAUCCGCACUACGAUCCCAUUGUGGAGCUGCCGGAUGAGAUAGUGGUCACCACUGGAGAGGAGAACGAGACUAAGCUGUUUGGCGAGCGGACGAAGCUCUAUCGUUUUGAUCCCGAGACCAAACAGUGGAAGGAGCGAGGCGCCGGCGAGAUUAAGGUGCUGGAGCACCCGGAGCUGCAGACAUUCCGACUGGUCAUGCGGCAGGAGCAGAUCCACAAGCUGGUGCUCAACAUGGGCAUCUCGGCCUCCAUGCAUAUAGAGUACAUGAACGAGCAGAAGAAGAGCUUCCUGUGGGCCGGCUUCAACUAUGCGGUGGACGCCGAGGGCAAGGUGGCCACCGAGGGCGCGCUGGAACGCCUGGCCUGUCGAUUCGGCAAGGAGGAGAUCGCCGAGGCGUUCCUCAAGUCGGUCAACUCCUGCAUAGAACGUGUCAAGGAAUUGCACGGCGGCGAGGAGGAGGAGGACGACGACGAGGAGGACGCGGCGGAGGAGCAGGAAAGCUCUUAAGGAAACUGGAACUAAAUAUAAUAUUUAGCAUGUUUACAAUCGUGUUUAUAAGAUAGUCUUUCAAAAAAAGUAUCGGAAAUUGUUGAAAAAGCACACUUUUCCUAAUAAUAAAACUUUCAUAAAUAAUAAGAUCAAA